AUGUUUUCUUCACUGUUUUACAUUGCUGUUUUGCUAUUUCUCCUCUAUGGAGUGUCUUUGGCUGUGGACAGCAUUAAUCCACUCCAAUCCAUUAGUGAUGGAGAAACCUUGGUUUCUAAGGAAGGAGUGUUUGAGUUUGGUUUCUUCAGUCCCGGAAAUUCCAAGGGUCGUUAUGUCGGAGUUUGGUACAAGAAAAUCCCAGUUCAGACCGUCGUUUGGGUCGCAAACCGGUGCAACCCCAUCAAUGAUUCCUCGGGCUUGUUGAUGAUAAACAGCACAGGCAAUAUUGUGCUUUUGUAUCAGAACAAGAGCGUUGUUUGGUCGACGAGCUUAUCAAAACAAGCCCAGAAAGCAAAACUAGAGCUUCUAGACUCAGGAAAUCUUGUACUCAAAGAAGAGAAAAAUGGAAACUCAGAGGCCUAUUUGUGGCAAAGCUUUGAUUAUCCUUGCAAUACAAUGUUACCAGGGAUGAAGUUGGGACGGGACUUAAGGAAGGGUUUUAAUCGGCUAUUUUCAGCGUGGAGGAACUGGGAUGACCCUUGUCCCGGAGAUUUAACUUGGGGUAUUGAAAUUGAUGUUCAACAACACACCUUUCCUGAUAUAUAUAUGUGGAAAGGUGAGGAAAAACAUCAUCGAGCCGGGCCUUGGAACGGACUUGGUACAAGUGGUAUGCCAGUGUCUAGGCCAAACUACCUUUAUGACUUCGACGUCAUUUACGACGAAGAUGAAUUUUAUUACACCUUCAACCUCAAGAACAAGUCUCUGAUCACAGUAGCAGUUUUAAAUCAAACAACUUUAACGGUCCAACGACUUACAUGGGUCGAAGCAGAGAAGAAUUGGAAGAUUUACUUUUUCGUGCCUACAGAUCAGUGUGACAACUAUGGUCUAUGUGGAGGAAAUGGGUAUUGUGUCAUAGGUGGGAACCCAGCAUGCCAAUGUUUAAAAGGAUACAAGCCUAGGUCUGUAGAAAUAUGGUAUUCGACGGAUUGGUCAGAAGGGUGUGAAAGAAACACUCCACUCGAAUGCAAAGAUAAACACAAUGACGGCUUUGUCAAAUUUGUCGGCUUGAAAUUGCCAGAUUCAUCGUAUUCUUGCGCGAAUAAGAGCAUGAACCUUAAGGAAUGCAGGGCAGAAUGUUUGAGCAAUUGUUCUUGCAUGGCUUAUGCAAACUCUGACAUCAGAGACGGUGGAAGUGGUUGCAUCAUGUGGUUUGGUGAUCUGAUGGAUAUUAGAAAAGUUGCUUCAUCUAAACAGGCUCUGUAUGUUCGAAUGCCAGCUUCGGAGCUAGGAAAUUCUGGUCCUAAGGAGAGGGCUGUGAUAGUAGUAACUUGCAUUGGAGGUGUUUCUGUGGUGCUCUUACUUGGAUAUUCCAUUUGCAAAACAAAGGCAAAAGAACAAAACAUAAGAAUUAGUCACUCCGAGGAAGAUCUAGAGCUCCCAAUGUCCUUCCAUUUAUAUACUAUAAUAAAUGCAACCGACAACUUUUCGACGAGGAAUAAGCUUGGACAUGGUGGUUUUGGACCUGUGUACAGAGGUAGGUUAGAAGAUGGACAAGAGAUUGCAGUGAAGAGACUUUCAAUCAGUUCGGGACAAGGAAUCGAUGAGUUCAAAAAUGAAGUAACGUUAAUUGCGAAGCUUCAACACCGGAAUCUCGUAAAGCUUCUUGGUUGUUGCAUUCAGGGAGAAGAGAAAUUACUAGUUUAUGAAUAUAUGCCUAACAAAAGCCUCGACUCUUUCAUUUUCGAUCAAAAUUCAGCUAAGCUAUUAGGAUGGUGUAAGCGGUUCCAAAUCAUAUGUGGAAUUGCACGCGGACUUCUAUAUUUACACCAUGAUUCAAGAUUGAGAAUUAUACAUAGAGAUCUCAAAACAAGUAAUGUCUUACUUGAUAAUGAGAUGAACCCCAAAAUUUCAGACUUUGGUUUGGCUAGAACUCUUGGUGGAGACCUAAUAGAAGGAAACACAAAGAGAGUAGUGGGAACCUAUGGUUAUAUGUCACCAGAGUAUGUUUACAAUGGACAAUUCUCCGUAAAAUCUGAUGUCUUUAGCUUUGGUACCAUGGUCUUAGAGAUUGUAAGCGGAAAGAGAAGUACAAGCUUUUCUCCUCAAAAUGACAACCUUACCCUCACCGGACAUGCAUGGACAUUGAUGCAACAAGGCAGGACAAUGGAACUGCUUGAUGCGCAUUUAAGGGACUCGCACCACGAUUUGCAGGAUUUGCAGGAAGUGUUGCGCUGCAUCCAUGUCGGACUGUUAUGUGUGCAACAUCGUGCUGCGGAUAGGCCAAGCAUGUCAUCGGUGGUUGUGAUGCUAAACAGUGAUAGCCAUGUAUUGCCUUAUCCCAAUAGACCUGCCUAUUUUAUGGAGAUAGAAGCGCCACAACGGUAUCCUGAGUCAUCCCUAAAGCUGUGUAUCAGAAGCAGAGGAUCAAUCUCUAACCAUAUAUAUAACUAAAUAAUCUUCAUGUUAGAA